GUCCCAAUGAACUCUCCAGUAAAUAUGCACUGAUCGGCCUGUUUGCCCUGCAGUGCCCGAUAUUUGAAUUUUAACCUAAUGGGACAUUUCCCAGCGUCGCCCUUCUCCGCCCGCCGUCUCGGCCCUCUUCCAGCGUCCUUCAUCUAGCCUUUCCGUGCAAGGGAGCGUGAGCCACGGCUGCUCCCGCCGCAACAGAUCCCGCCGCACGACCCUGAUGUGGAUCCCCGGCGAGCCGAUGUCGCGCCUCUGCGCCCCAGCAGCCCCUGCUCCGCUCGCUCUCUUCCUUCUCCUCCUCCUCCUGCCGCCGCUUCCUGGUUCUUUCCCGCCGGCGGCACAAGAAACCCUCUUGUGCGCGGCAGCUGCCACCGCCCAAGCCCAAUCCAGCCGGGCCGAUCUUUCCACUUCACCAGGGAGAAGCCAUCAACACCGCGCCCGGCCUGCGCGCCCCGGAACCUUCCCCAUGGAGAUCCCGCCGUCCCACUACCCGGCUACGCGCGCAGCUUGCGUGGUAGAAAACUACAUCAACUACCAACACGGCAGCCCCAGCAAGAUCUUCGAGGUGCGGGAAGUGCGCCAAGCCAGCCGAGAGGACAUUCCAAGUGUUGGGCACAAAUAUCGCCUUAAGUUCAUAAUGGAGGAAUUACUUCAGAAAAGCAGCCCUGUGAACUGCACAGCUGAGAUCCUUUAUCAUCAUGGUGACCCCCAUGUUGUUCCAGAAGUGCAUUAUACAGUGGAAGGGGAGUUUGGAACCAAUACUGAGCAAGCAGACAGCAAGUUUUACAACAGAAUGAAGAACCUGCCAGAGCUAUUAGAGGCACAAAAUAUUCCAGACAGUUAUGGAAAUGUGUCUGCCGAAAUGAAGCCUAUUCAGCACUUAGCCUGGGUUGCCUGUGGUUAUGUAAUAUGGCAGAAUUCAACAGAAGACACCUGGUACAAAAUGGUACAAGUGCAAAGUGUCAAGCAAGUGAAAAGGAAUGAUGAUUACCUUGAAUUCUCCUAUGUGGUUUUGAUCCAUGACAUUGUUUCCCAGAUCCUUACUCAAAAUGUCCUGGGUCUUUAGUUGUGUUUUCCUAACAUUACUAGCUGUGGACUCCAAGAAACAAACAGAAGAUGAUAUUUCAUUGGCUGGUCUUCUGAACCAGCUCCUCAUACACCCUUUUGGGGCCUAUCUACACCUUACAUUUAAAACACUAUUGUACCAUAUUCAACCGUCAUCCCCCAAAGAGUCCUGGGAACUGUAAGCAUGCUGAAAGGUGUUAGGAGACCCCUGGGAAAAGGGACUGAUUGUUAAACCACUCUGGGAAUGUUAGAUCUAUCAGGGGAACAGGAGUCUCCUCUCAGCAUAACAGGGAGUGAACAAAUGUUCCCACCCAUCUCAUUGAGCAAAUUGCUUCAGAUUACCCAACCACACAAAAGUACAUGCUAUAGUCUAAGGAAGGCAAGUCUUAGCUAAUCUGACUGUAUUCCUUGUCCACAUCAGAUAUGUAAACUCAUUGAUCACCCGUGUUACAAAAGGGAUCAAUACCUGUAAUCCAUACCUGGACAUGAAUCACAGCUAGGAUGCUGCUGUUGAAUAUGUAGAGGAUUCAGGUUCCACCCUAUACUUCUCCAUAUGAAUGCAGUUGGCAAAGCCUAACAGCAAUCUCUCCUCCCUGCCCCCAGAAGAUGUCGUUUUACUGUAAUCCCACUCCAUCCAGUGAGCCCCUCUCAUGGGCAAAUGCACAGACCUGGGAUCAAUCAGGCUUGUAGUCACAUCAUGUUCCGUCCCCCCCACCCUUCCCUUACUGAGAAGAAGCUGCAGGAACUUUAAUAUCUAUGUAAGAAGGCAACACAAAGCCAGAAGGACAAGGGAAAUCCACAAGAAGAAAAACAUAAAAUUCUUACAGUGAAUUUCUAUUUGUAAAGGGCAGUCCUGACCCUUGGGAGGGAUCCUCCCUCUGGCUGUGCAGGCAGGGUCCACUUUCAAAUGCCUCACCCAGGGGAAGAGGCCAUCCCUGCUCUCCAGACCAAAUGUCAGAGCAAGGACAGCCCCUCAACCCCAACCAGGCUCCCGAGUUGUAGCAGAAUCCAGGCUUGGCUGGCCUGCCGCUCCAACGGGAACCACAGGAACUUGAUCAAAACAGGUGUCAACAAAGAAUAUAAACAAAACUAACAAAACAAAUUGAGAACAAUUGUUAGUAGCAAUUGUAAGGAAAAAAAAUGCCAAGAAAUCCCCGGGGGACCCUAGCUACCUCCCGACAUGUGGGAUGCUGACAGAAGCCUCUACACUAUGCAUGACCCAAUGUCCGGAAUGAAGAGGCGAGGUCCUGCCCUCCAGAAACCCCCAGGAAUAGAAAUUCAAGGUAAGAAUUUCAUGUUUUCCCCAGAGGUUCUGGGAGGGCAGUCCUGACCCUUGGGAUAUACCAGAGCCGAGUGUACCAGGGUGGGAUUCUGGACAGGUGGUCAUGUGCGUACUACUCUCUGUAAGACCUUCUGGCCAAAUGCUGCAUCUGCAGAGGCCCAGGAAUCAAUCUUGUAGUGUUUAGAAAAUGUAUGCAGUGAAGCCUACACAGCAGUCCUGCAUAUAUCGAAGUGAGGAAAACUGCCCUUGAAAGCUGCUGACGUAGAAGCCCCUCUCAGGGAAUGUGCUGUAAGACCUCCGGGUGGAGACUUCCCCAGUGCUUGAUAAGCUAAAACUAUUGCCUCCUUAAGCCAGCAAGAGAUGGAGGAGGAAACCUCACACCCAAGGGACUUCCCCCCAAAAGAAACAGAGACUCAGUCUUACAGAAUGUGGAAGUCCUAGCCAAAUGGAACCUAAAAGCCCUUCGGACAUCCAAGAUAUGCCAUAUACGUUCCUUGGAUGAGACUGGGUUUGGGCAGAACAAUGGUAAGACCACCUCCUGAGACCUAUGAAACAAUGAGUUAACCUUGGGGAUGAAUGAUGGAUCUGGGCAAAGUACCACCUUGUCCUGGUGAAAAAUGCAUAGUUGGCUAUCUGAAGACAACGCCCUGAGCUCAGACACUCAACGCGCUGAUGUAAUGACCACUAAGAAAAUGGUCUUAAGGGUAAGAAACUUAAGAUUGCAGGUGGCUAGACGCUCAAAAGGGGGACCCACAGGCACCGAUAAUGCCCAAUUCAAAUUCCACGUGGGAAAACGGUGAACCACGGGAGGGUUCCACUAACCAACCCCCUUGAUAAAAGUGUCAAAAAACAGGGUGUGAAGACAAUGAAAAAUCACCCCAGCAACCAGAAUGCUGCUUAACGCAGUGGCUUGUUGCCUAACGGUGCUAGUGCUCAAACUCUUAUCGAAUCCUGACUGGAGGAACCCCAGGACAUCAACCAGCUCCCAGCUCCCUGGAAGAAGAGUCCCUCCCCCAGGCGUGGCACCAACUCAGGAAUAUUUUCCAGGUUGAAUUGUAUGCUUUAUUCAUGGAAGCUUUACGGGAAGACAUAAGGGUAUCUAAAACCUCCCCACAGAACCCCAUCUCCCUCAACCACAGCCACUCAGCCACCACGCUGUCAGACGGAAGAGGUCCGGACGAGGAUGAGCUAUGGGCCCCUGGAUCAACAUGUCCUCCUGAGGAGGAAGACACCAGGGCCUCUCCCUGGACAGUUGUAGAAACUCUGGGAACCGCAGCCUCCUCGGCCAGUACGGUGAAAUGAGUAUCACUUCUGCCCACAGAUGGCAUAUCCAUCAAAUUGUCUGAAGGAGAAGGCUGAAGGGUGGAAAGGCAUAGAGGAGCCCCUGUGGCCACUCCGCCACUAGAGCAUCAGUCGCCAAUGCUCCCUCUGACUGGUGGCGAGAGAAGAAACCGGAAACCUGAGCACUGUGUUGCAUUGCAAAAAGGUCCAGGAUCGGAUUCCUGAAGUGGUUGGCCACCUACUGAAAAAUCUGGGGAUAUAAUUGCCACUCUGAUUCUGAAAUCACCGUUCUGCUUAGCCAAUCCACUGUGACAUUCAGUCUCCCUGCUACAUGUUCCGCCUGCAGGGAUUGUAGGUGUACCUCUGCCUAGUUGAAUAGCCAGUGCACUGGACAAAAAGGAUGUGUAGGAUUGGGUUUGCAAAGAGGCUGAUCCUCCUGCCCUGUCAGAUCUGCCCCAAUGUGGCUUGUAGGUUGCUGAAAAACCAUCAGUUGACCAGGCUGAUAUGGCCUGGAAGAAUUAAAGGAUUGCCUCUGACGCAGCUUGCGGUCCUCCUCCUUUGUGAUUGGAAGCCCCUUUUGUUUGUCCCGUGUUUCCACCAGCACCUUCCCGAGUGGCUCCCUGAACAGCUUGGUCCCCCCGAAGGGAUAAUUAGCCAGUUGAUUUUGAGACCCAGGAUCAGCAUCCCAGCUGUGUAACCAUACAUUGUGUCUUGCCACCGUGCUGGCUGUCAUAGCUCUGGCACUGAGUUGCACGGCAUCCCUUGCAGCGUCUGCCUGGAAUGCUGCUGCUGCUACGGCCAGUUUGGCCAGACUGUCCUUCACUGGUUUGGGGAUAUCAUCUCUGCCAGCCAACUCCUGUGCCCACAGCAUGCAAGCCCGUGCCAUGAUAGAUGUCGCUAUGGAAGCCCUAAACGCACAGCUGCUUCUGCCUCAAUCUCUAUGCAGAGCUGCCUCUACCCAUUUGCAGCAGGGAUCCCUCGGGCCUCCUUCCCCUUCUGAUGGGAUAGUUGCAGAAGAAGACAAAGCUGCCACGGAGGAAUCCGCUACUGGCAUCCUCAGCUGUUCCAUCACCCACUGAGGGAAGAGAUAGUGCUUGUUGAUCAGUUUGUGCAAAGGCUUGUGCUUAUUGAGGGUGGCCCACUCCCCUUUCCAUAGAUCCGGAAUGAGUCAGGAAAAGGAAUAGUGGCCCUCUUCUAUUGACCCUCUGGAAAAGCAGUUUUGACUUCCUUAGAAUAGGAUGCUGUGCUUUCCGUGGCCAUAGCCUGUUCUUCAAGCAGUUCCAGUAUUCUCCUGGACAGCCACCAGAGCUGGAAAAAGCUCACACUGAAAAAGUCUCCCUCUAGGAGACAGAGCCUUCAGCUCCUCCUCUGGGAGCCCUUCCUCCUGUCUCUCUUCUAUGGAGAGGCAGCCCUCAGGAUCUGAUAGCAAGCCCAAAACUGUUGCCACCCUCCUGCUAUGCUUGCAUUUCCUCCCCACAAGGGAUGACCUAAUAGUCACCUGUAAAGGGUUGUGGCCUCUGUGCUUGUGCUUAUUCCUCUUACUCUUGCCCCUCCCAUGGACCAGGUACGACUGGGGGGAGAAUGAUGAUGAUCCAGAGGAGAGGGGGCAGGGAGAGAUGAUUGAACACGUGGGGGAUGGAGACCUAGUGAGCCUGCAUUUAGAAUGGUGCAACUUGCUGAGAUGCUUCCUCUUUUCCCUCUUUUUCUUCGAAGGCUCUUUACUUGCCUCCUGCUGGGAAUCAUGCAUGGUAGAGGCCUUAGAGGUGCUUGCCAAGGUUUUCGUGCCCUGUACCUCUUUUGCCACUAUCCUCCUCAUCCAGGCCAUAAAUUUUGGAAACUUCCUCCCCUGGAAGACCAGUUGCAGGAAAAAGCACUCACUCCUUCCAUGGGUGGUUCCUGUAAGUCUGCCCCAGAUUCGGCCCUGGAAGAUUGAUUGGAAGAGAACCCUUUUUGGUUACUAUGCAAAGAACCCACCUGGUCCUCCGUGGGGUUGGCCGCCUGGAGUCUGGCUGCUCUGCUGGUCUCCAGGGCAGCUGAUUAAGUAGCUCUCACUGAUCCCAAGGUGGGUGUGGGUGAAGAGCCAGCUUUGACUAAGAGCCAGGGAACCGCAUUGAAGAUCUUGCAGCUUGGAGUUUUUUGGCAGGAAAAUGCCAGCCGCGCCGAUCCAGCCACCUGCCAACAAUCGUGGUCCUGCCUCUGCAAGCAGAGAAGGCGCACCCCACCAGAUUCCCAUGCCAUGCCUGCCUGGGCUAUCAUUGCUGAGAUUUCCUCUCCAUGCCACUAAUGCAUCCUGCUAAUGCUGCCCCCAACCCACCCUGGCUAAGACUGAGGGGGAGGGGGGGAAAGAGGGUUAGAGGAGAAAGAGAGAAGACAAAAAAGGGAGAAGGAAAAAUAAAAUUAAGAACUAUAUAAAAAGCUGAGCUGUUAAGGAGCUCUGCUGGACCCAACCAUUCCUAGCGAGAGGAGAGCAGGUAUGGCUCCUUCCCCUGGGUGAGGCAUUUGAAAGUGGACCUUGCCUGCUUAGCCAGUGGGAGGAUCCAUCCCAAGGAUCAGGACUGUCCUCCAGGAACCUCCAGGAAUAAACCCUAUUCCCAAGUGUCAUAAGUUGCCGCCCUGGGCUCCUGCUGGGAGGAAGGGUGUGAUAUAAAUCAAAUAAUAAAUAAAUAAAUAGAUAGAUAAGAACAAGGUCCAUAGAUGCUGAUUAACAGGGCAAUCCUACGUUGAGGAAGCCGGCAUAACUUAAACCAGCUGAAGUUACGCUGGCUUAAACUACGCCAGAUCCUAACUCCAUUCAUCAGCUCCUGGGAGGGGAGAAUGCCAGCUCAGCCAGCAGAGCCCAGUGGAAAGAAAAAUAAAAGCAGCAAAAAACCACUUUUACUUAAACCACUCUUUUUCCUGGCUUACACCGGGACUGGAGGUCAAAUGACCUAACUGAACAGACGUAGGAUACAGCAAGGCCCCCUCUCUUCGAUCCCACCCUUGCCACACCCCUGCAACACCCCUUUUUGAAGACUUAUGCUGGCUUAAUUUAUGCCAGUUUGAACUGAGCUGGGAGGAGUUUUGCCGGAUGAGGAUUUAUGCCAACAUAGUCCAGCUAAACUAGAAACCCAGCUGGCGAUUUGUCAUAUCCUAACUACCCACAGCCUGAUGUAAAAAUCUGUAGGAUUGCGUCCUUAAGUGGGGCUGCUGUGCAUUAAACACUCUGAAUUGCACACUGGAAAAGGCUACCAAAAUUAACCCAACUUAUGUCUGGUCACAUGGUUCACUAUGCAUAUUAAUUAUCCAGAGAGCAGGCCUGUAUUACAGGUUUGAAAAGUCAACCUUGAAACAAUAGUGUGUGAAACAAUAAGACAUGGCAUUAACUGAAUAUUUUAGUGAAAUAAUUUUCUCCCUUUUCUGUCAUCCAUAUUCUGGAUUGUCCUCACUGUGCCUCACUGUGCUUUGUUAACGAUGUUCGAGUGGGAGACAGGAGGAAAAAAACGUGACUUGACACAAACUUACUAGAUAGGAACAUGAUUUUCCAGGCGCAUGGAGAUUAAAACCACAGUUCCUUGAUUUAUCUAAUACCCUAGCUUUUCUAAUAUUGGGGGCUUUUUUAU